UAUUGAAUAAAUAUGUGCGGUCGCGUUGAGCCUGCGUUAGUUGUCAUUUCGGCAGCAAAGAGGGUCCACGUUAUUUAUCAUGCAAAAAAGCCUUAUUCAAAAGAUUUUUAAAUUGACAGUAGUUUCGCAAAUUAAUGAAAAACAUGGAGGAAGCGAUGAUGGUAGCGGAUUAUUCACAGGGUGAUCACAAAAUGAAAUUUAAUGACAAGGAAAACAAUAGAGGGGACACCCCUAACUUGGAAGAGUCCAAUGUCAAGACGAAGGAAGAAUGUAAACAAGACGAUGACAACAAAAAAGCCUUACGGGACACAGAUUACGGGAAAAAUUUUGAGGACACAAAUGGAGACAGUCCAAGUGAUUCCGGCAGCAAUCCGGAUAACCGAAGGAAAAAGAAGCAUCGUCGCCGCAACAAGGGAGGCAAAAACCAUAGGCGAUGGAAACCGUACGAUAAAAUGAGCUGGACUGAAAAACAGGAACUGGAGGAAAAGGAAACUAGACGAGCAACUCAAAAGCGUGAAGAGGCGUUUGCAUCGGGACAUCCUGUAGCACCUUAUAAUACUACGCAGUUCCUCAUGGAUGAUCAUUGCAAGAAUGAGGCAAUAUCUCCUGAUCUCCAUAGACAUAAUUCAAAAGACUCUAAUCCGUCUAAUGAUUCAGAUUCUUCAUCAGAAUUUUAUGACGAUGAGGAAAACGAUGGUUUUCAAGAAAAGAAUUUCAUGGACACUUUCAAUGAUAUUCGUAUGCAAGAGCUUUUGAAUAAGAGCAAAGAAGACUUGGUUCAUGACUAUGUGGAAAUGGAGAUGAAACUGGAAAGAGUCGAAGAAAAGAGAAAAAGGGAAGCAUCCAGUUCUGACCUUAACUCUUCAGGAAGUAGCAUAGAAAGAGACGUAAGCUAUAAAGAGUUUUUAAAACUGUUGGAAGAAAAUGAAAAGUUGAAGAAAGAAAAUCAUGCUUUACUAGCCAGGAUAGAUAAUGUGAAAAAAUAGAUUUUAAGUGGACUUCCUUCAAAAGUCUGUGUUAACUUUUCAUAACAAAUAUGCAGUUAUUGUUUGCCUAUAUUAAUGAACAUGUAUGAGAUAUGUUUAAAAAUGGCAUUUACACUUUUAGUUAUUAUUUGAAGAGUUACAUGCUUAUGACAAGAGAAGUUUCUUUUGAUUUUCCUGUCAUUUGUAGUUGUAAAGCAGCAAUUGCAUGCCUCCAGAUUUAUAUAGGUUUGCUCAUCUAAGAGCACUUGCUAUCCAAAGAAAUGACCACUGCAUAUCAAAAAGUGCUGAAAGUA